AUGCAGGCUGUCUACCUCAUUACCUCACUAUUGUCUGUUGGGGUCGUCAGCGCCCAAAGCGUAGGGGCGUACGGCCAAUGUGGUGGUGGUGGUUGGACAGGAGGCACAGCGUGUGUAUCGGGCUCCUCAUGUUCUGUUAUCAACCCAUAUUACUCUCAGUACUUGCCAAAUUCGGGCGGCACGACGCUUGUAACCAGCCAGAAAGCUGCUACAUCUGCUACAGCCGCCACCAAGGUUGUCACGAUAGGGGCUCCGGCUGCCUCUGGUUAUGUCACAAGGUCUGGCAGCGGCUUUGUUCUCAAUGGCAAGGUAUUUCGCUUUGGUGGAACCAACGCCUACUGGGCUACAUCAUUGCCCUCGACGGAUCUGAACUCCCUGUUUUCGCAGAUGAAAUCGGCUGGCCUGACAGUUCUGCGCAUCUUCGCCUGGAGCGACAACAUUGGCAGUGCUUCGAGCUCUUCAUUCAAGUACUGGUCCGGUUCUACCAACACUCCUAAUCCUGCGGCUUUCGCCGCCCAUAUGGAUCCCAUCAUCGCAGCGGCCGAGGCAUCUGGCAUCAAGCUCGUAAUUCCUAUGAUCGGCAAUUGGGGUCCCUCCAUCAACCUAUAUAUCCAGCAAAUCCUCGGCUCGAGCGCCAAGCACGACACGUUCUUCAGCAACGCCCAGAUAAUCGCUGCAUAUAAGAAGUACGUUUUCUUCUUCGUCAACCGUUACAAGACCUCUCCAGCCGUAUUUGCAUGGGAACUCAUGAACGAACCGAGGUGCACCGGCGACGACAACCGGGGUGCCUCAUCUUCAUGCAACACUGCUAUGCUUACGAACUGGGUAUCGCAAAUAUCCUCCUAUAUCAAGAGUAUCGACUCCAACCACAUGGUGACCGUUGGCGACGAGGGUUGGUUCACGACUGCACAGGGCUAUGGCAGCUCUUAUCCAUACAGUGGGUCCGAAGGUAUAGAUUGGGUUAGCAACCUGAAGUUGGGCAGCAUCGAUUACGGUACUGUCCAUCUCUACCCUUCCAGUUGGGGUCAAACCGACGCUUGGGGCUCGACGUGGGUCACUCAACAUGGAGACCAAGCCAAAAAGUGGGCAAACCAGUUGUCCUCGAAGAAUUUGGCACAACCAAUACUGGGUCACGUCAGAGCACGGUCGACUCCUGGUUGA